AUGAAGUUGUUGCCUAUACAACUUGCUUCAGUUAAUAUCUCUUUGGCAUUUAAGAUGGAGAAAAUUUCUUUGAUUCGAGAAAAUGAAUCAUUACAAAAAGCAAAUGAUAGAUUAAAGUAUGAAAAAGAGCUUUUGAUGAAAAACAAAAAUUUGGCUGAAGGUCAGAUAAAUGCAUUGACAAAAUCCUUGGCAACCACUCAUAAGGAUCUGAAGGACAAGAAAAAUCAGAUCCAAGAUGUGAAGCAUGCCUGGGAGCAACAAAGGAAGGAACUAAAUGAUCGAAGGGAUGAAAUCGCUUCCCUGAAAAAGCACGUCGACAUAUCUGGUUCUGUACAAGAUCCGGUGUCUAAUAGUGUUGACUUUGCUCAACCCCAGACAUUUGAAAAUUACAAGGAAGAAAUUAAGUCUUUGCAGAAGGAAAUUGAAAGAUUAAACGCAGAGGAAAGAAAUAUUCCAAAUAAAGGUGAUUCCAGCCGUGCUGAAAAUGAAUCAACAUAUACUGAAGAGAAAGUUGUUGAGAUGGAUGAGAAUAAAACUCUAAUCACUCAUCCCAUGGAGCCAGCAGGACCUGUAGACAGCAAUGUACUGUCAGCACCAGUUCAAACAUUUGACAACAGCACGCACAAUCCUGAAGAAAAGUUAGCAGAGCCAGUUAUGAAUCUUUCAAACAGUAAUGAUGUUUUCCCGUCUGGUGGAACCUUAUCCCAACAGAAUGAGAAACCACCAUCAGAAUAUAUUGGCUUGCAUUCAAAACCAGAAAAUCCUAGCAGUGGACCUGCUCCAGAGAAUAUGGGUUUGGGGACGAUUCAAAUCCUUGCUGAUGCUUUGCCUAAGAUCGUUCCUUAUGUUUUGAUCAACCAUCGGGAGGAGCUUAUUCCUCUGAUAAUGUGUGCCAUUGAGCGGCAUCCAGAUAAUGCUACUCGAGAUUCGUUGACGCACACACUAUUCAAUUUGAUUAAACGUCCAGAUGAACAGCAGAGGCGAAUUAUAAUGGAUGCAUGUGUGAGCCUUGCUAAAAAUUUUGGGGAGGUAAGAACAGAAACAGAAAUACUCCCCCAGUGCUGGGAACAAAUAAAUCACAUGUAUGAGGAGCGCAGGUUGCUUGUCGCUCAAUCAUGCGGGGAGCUUGCUGAAUUUGUCAGAUCUGAGAUUUGUGAUUCUCUUAUUUUAUCUAUUAUACAACAAUUGAUAGAAGAUCCUGCAACUGUUGUCCGGGAAGCUGCUGCGCACAACCUGGCCUUACUACUUCCACACUUUCCACAUAUGGAUAAAUAUUUCAAGGUUGAGGAGUUGAUGUUCCAACUGGCAUGUGAUCCAUCCGGAGUGGUGGUUGAAACUACACUAAAAGAACUACUACCUGCAAUAAUAAAUUGGGGAAACAAGUUAGACCAUAUUUUGAGAGUUCUAAUCUCUCAUAUCUUAGCUUCUGCUGAGCGUUGUCCACCUCUUUCUGGAGUUGAAGGGUCAGUGGAGUCCCACCUGCGUGCUUUAGGUGAAGAAGAUCGCUGGAAUCUUGAUGUUUUGUUAAGAAUUUUGGCUGACUUGAUUCCUUACGUGCAUCAGAAAGCAAUUGAGACAUGCCCAUUUUCCUCUGUUUCGGAGUCAAAUGGGACAAUAUUUUCCAUCUCUGUACUUGGAUUGUAUGCAGGGGGACAUGUCGAGUGGCCUGCAUUUGAAUGGAUGCAUGCAGACUGCUUUUCUGGUUUGAUACAACUGGCUUGCAUGUUACCCCAGAAAGAGGAUAGUUUAAGAAACCGAACUACAAAUUUUUUAUUGGCUGUUUCUGAACAUUUUGGGGAGUCUUAUUCGAAACACGUAAUGGUUCCUAUAUUCAUGGUAGCAGUUGGGGAUGCUGCUGAUUUGACAUUUUUCCCUCCCUACAUUCAUUCCAGAAUUGAAGGUCUGAAACCAAGAACAGAUGUGGCCCAGAGACUUGCUAUUCUAGGUAUCUUGCCGCUUCUCUUGGCGGGUGUUCUAGGAUGUCCUGGUAAGCAUGAACAGUUAGCAGACUACUUGAGGAAGCUAUUAGUUGAAGGUGCAGCGAAAGAGAAUCAGUCUACGACACACAACAAUGAUAUUGUUAAUGCUGUCCGCUUCCUUUGCACAUUCGAAGAGCAUCAUAGCUUGAUAUUCGAUAUCUUGUGGGAAAUGGUUGUUAGCUCGAAUAUAGAAUUGAAGAUCAGUGCUGCUAAUAUAUUGAAAGCCAUCGUCACAUAUGUUAGUACAAAAGUUGCAUCCGCUCAUGUUCUUCCUGCCUUGAUUACCCUUGGCUCGGACCAAAGUGUGAAUGUGAAGAAUGCAAGUAUAGAUGCACUUGGGGCUGUGGCACAACAUUUUAAAAAUGACAUGAUUGUUGAUAAAAUACGUGUUCAAAUGGAUGCUUUUCUUGAAGAUGGUUCUCAUGAAACAACCAUGGCUGUAGUCCGUUCGUUAGUGGCAGCGGUUCCAAAUACAACAGAGAGAUUUAGGGAUUAUAUCCUUGAAUUUCAUGUGGAAAUCAAUUCUUAGAACUUAAUUUGAGUU